AUGACUUCUGGCAUCACCGAUCAAAAUGAGUUGAAAUUGUCAACGCGGAUAAGUCGGGAUGGUCUUACACCCACUGAAUUAAGCGCUCCACAACCUGUAGCCGAUAUUUACAACGGUCGCGGGGAGGAAUACCCAGUCAUCGGGGACCUACCACACCAAGGGCAAAGGAAAUCACCGGAAAAAUUGGAUGAAAGUCCGCAGAAGCCUGAAGUCGAGUUGGAUGAUUUUGGAUUGCCUCUUCCAAAGUCUAGACCUUCGCUGAAAUCUGCUAAAUCAGCUAGUCCGACGCUCGGCAAGUUAACAGAAAGCGUUGACUGCUUGGCCCUUCAGAAUACAGCUGAAACCGACGAUGGUGCACCAGGUAGAAAUCUUACACGCUCUGUAUCUGCGCCCAUUCGCGAUUUAAUUAUACCUGAUAAAAGGCUCAGUAUUGGUCUGGCAGUGAAAGAGGCUCCCAGCCAGAAACAGGACACUCCCGGUUUACCCGUGACAGACGCCACAGGCCUUACCGAACAACCGCAGCCCAAUGGAGAACCCCUUGAGACGGACAAGCUGGGCCACCAGAAUUCUACGCUCCCCACAGCCCCUGCCGUAUCUGAAUGGUCGCACCAACGGCUAACGACAAAGGACCACUCUACUGAUGGUGAGGAUGAUAGCGGUUGGCAAGAUAUGCCGGCUCUUGAUUCUUUUGAUAUCUACGAUGACAAUGGCCGGCUCGUUGCGCGUGGGAGCAAGGAAGAGGAUGAAGAAGCAGUAUACCAAGGUCUUGGAGGUGCCGGAAAAGGUUACACCAGAGUUCAAAUCGAUGAGGACGCUCAGUCAGCCACCAGCCUAGACGAGGAAACUAAAUAUCUUUUUCCUGAGCCGCAAAGCAAUGCCCUCGGCGUUGAUGAUGAGAUUCGGGACCCCAUAUCUCAGUUACAAGCAACAAAAACUUUGCUCACCGAGGGACAGAGAAUAGCAUACGUCGGAGUAACGAGACUUACUAUAUUUCAAAUGGUAAAAGAUUUGGAAGCCAUUAAAUUAACAAAAUCGACACGUAAAUAUUUGGCGGGCGCUGUCGACUCCAUGACGAAAUGGGGACAGCAAAUGAUGAUUCGACUAUAUGGACAUAUGGAAAUUGAUGCUGCAGAGCAGGUAAUGAUCGAGCAGCUAGCGGAACAUGGAGUUCAGCCAGUAGACCUGGUUCGUCCUCUCAUGCAGAACUCGCGUGUCAGGAAUCCUAUGAUGGAGGAAUCGUUUCCCGUGAAAGAUGAGCAGGAUCCUCGUACUAGUUACUCUUCCGACGCUCCAGAAACACCUUCGUCCGAUAGCCCUCCGCCUCCCUAUGAGAAGUAUCAGAAUGACGACCUUCCUGAGGUCCGGACGCCUUCCCAAUUACCACAAUCUGAGAAGCUUGACAUUGAUCUUCGAUGGACCGUAUUGUGCGACCUCUUCUUGGUUCUCAUUGCAGACUCAACGUAUGAUGCGAGAUCACGACGUCUGUUGGAGCGCGUGGCAGAAGUGAUGGAAAUCUCGUGGAUGCAAAUAUGUCGGUUCGAGAAACGGGUCAUUGACUCGUUGGAAAUGCAAGAGGAGAAGAACAAAGAAACCUGGGACGAAGCAGAUCAUAUGGAAAAGCGUAGAAAGGACGCUCUAAAACGAAGAUACAUGAUUAUGGGUCUUGCAACUGUCGGCGGUGGUUUGGUGAUUGGCUUAUCCGCCGGCUUGCUGGCUCCCGUUAUUGGAGCCGGGCUAGCAGCAGGCUUCACUACUAUCGGCGUCUCCGGCACAGGUGCUUUUCUCGGUGGAGUUGGAGGCACGGCGUUGAUCACAUCUGGUGCUACCAUAACGGGCAGUACAAUUGGUAUUCGAGCAUCAAAUAGACGCACCGGGGCCGUUAAAACCUUCGAGUAUCGCCCAUUGCACAAUAACAAAAGAUUAAAUCUGAUCGUUACUGCCGCUGGAUGGAUGACCGGUAAGGUCGACGAUGUUCGGCUACCAUACAGCACCGUUGACCCGAUAAUGGGCGACAUUUAUUCCAUUCUAUGGGAGCCAGAAAUGCUUCAAAGUAUGGGCGCCACCAUAAACAUUCUUGCGACAGAGGCUCUAACCCAGGGCCUUCAGCAAGUGCUCGGAAAUACAAUAUUAACAGCGUUGAUGGCAUCUUUGCAGCUUCCUAUUGUCCUAACGAAGCUAUCUUACCUCAUAGAUAACCCCUGGAAUGUAUCGCUUGCCAGGGCUACUGCUGCUGGUCUCAUUUUGGCUGAUUCGCUCAUGGAUAGAAAUCUUGGCAACCGCCCUGUCACUCUUCUUGGGUUUUCUCUAGGCUCAAGGUUGAUUUUCUCUUGUUUAGGAGAGCUCGCGAAGAAAGGAGCACAUGGUAUCGUUCAAAAUGUGUACCUCUUCGGUUCGCCUGUUGUCGCGAACAAAGACGAAUACCUGAAGGCAAGAAGUGUAGUGUCCGGAAGGUUCGUAAAUGGGUAUUCGUCAAACGAUUGGAUUCUGGGAUAUCUCUUUCGAGCUACGAGCGGCGGAAUCAUGCGCGUGGCCGGCCUCGCACCGGUAGAGGAGAUCGCUGGCGUCGAAAACGUUGAUGUUACAAAGUUUGUAAAUGGCCAUAUGGCCUAUCGAACUGCCAUGCCGCGUCUACUUCGAGAGGUAGGGUGGGAAGUCGAAAGCGACGAAUUUACUGAGAUCGAAGACCCUGACCCAGACAACCACCAGGAAAGGCAGCGAGAUCUUAUUCGUGAGAUCCAGGAAGCUCGCAAACAGGCCGAAGAGAAGCCAGACAAGAAGAAAUUUGGGUUUUUUAAGCGUGGAAAACUUGCUGAGAAAAAAGGAUGGGAAACAUAUGAAGCCGAUCAAAACGAGCGCAGCCAUACGCAUACCCCCGACGGAAAUGUCGACCCAGGAGGCACAGUUCUCUUCGACAUUGAUGCUAUCAGAGCUGAGCUAGCCAGCGAGCAAAUUGAAGUAAAACAGCUCGAGUCAACUCUUCCCCCCAUAAAGGUUGACCUCCAGUCGCCAUCGUCCGCUCCUUACCCGAGUUCUCCCAAUGGACAGAAGGAGUCACCGAUUAUGACUCCAAACCCUGAAGAAGCCGCCACCAAGCAUCCCGCAGCCUCUGAGUCGCCCAAACAGCAAACAGCUGUAGGAAUCCGCGACUUUAAGCCCCUGCCAGAUAUACCCUCCGGCGCAGGUGCUCUCCAUGACCCGUGGCCACAUGAGAACGACGUUCAAAUGACGUUCGAUACUGCCUAUCAUUCAACGGCAUCUGUCACAUCCCACGAAGCGGACUCUAUGACCGUUCCUUCGUUUCCUCCGCAAUCCAUGACUCUACCGGCAACGCAGGCACACGAUGACUGUCCUCGACUUGACACUUCCAAUCUGAGUCAUAACGCCUGGGCUGACCCGAGUGAUGCCGAUGACUCAAAUAUUACGCUUACAUUUGCCUAG